CCUCCGCAGAUUGUUUACGCAAGGGGCGUAAAGUGUGAGGCUGUGUUGUUUAAUUUUCAUACGGACUGCUCAAACAUAAAGGGCGGCGGAUAAAGUAUUAAUUUGUUAUGGAAAUAAAAUAAUCCAGCCAUACAGAGUUCACAAAUGCCUGCACCUACUGCAAGUUCAUCACUGGGCUCAAAAAGCCUCAAGCAAAUAUUUCACGACUGACCACAAUGCUGUAAUGAAGACUUUAAACACUGUGACAUUAUGUAACAACAUGACUGAAACACUGUUACACAUAGACAAUAAAUAACACACUGACACUGUGUACUUUCUACACUCCAUGAAUGAGGUGACUGACCAGCAGCCUUACCUGUCUGCAUUCCUGACACCUUUCUCUGCACAUUGGCCCACACACACACGAAUGAAGAUGCUCACCACCAUGACAUACCGAAUGCCCAACUUCACCGUGGAGCAGAAGCUCUACCUGCUCCAGAAGAUCCACAGUGUGGUGGACGCCGUGCAGGACUUCCGCAAGGACACCAACACUACUGUGUACCGCAACGCUGUGUGGGCCGAGCUGGCGCAGGCCUUCAACGAGGCCUUCCCCAACCGGCCGCCCAGCAGCGUCGGCUCUCUCAAGACCUUGUGGAAGCGGCUGAAGGUGGAGUGCCGUGUGGCGUUGCAGAGGCGUCAGGAACAGCAGGCAGCCGGCAUGCCUCUCACUGCCCUCACUCAGGUGCAGCGGGAGGUGAUGGCUCUGGUGCCAAAUCUGAUCUCCAACAUUGAGGACAUAGAUGGAGAUGGCAGCUGUGCCUUGGUCAUGAACAGCUCACCUGGGCCAGUGACUGGGGGUUCCAAUGGGAAUGAGCAGGAGGAUCCUGACCAAAACAAUGAAGUUGACAGUAAAGAGCUUGUAGCCAUUGACCUCGGCUUAGUCUCUCCUGCUGAACCCCCUCAGAACUCUGGGACGCCUCCUGGCUCUGCAUCCUCUCCCCCCUCCCAUAUCUUUUUCUCUCAUUCCAGCACUUCAAGAAGCACCCAGCAACGCUCUUCUGUCUUCUACCCCAGCCAAUCCAGAGCUGCCUCAGGUUCAGGGUCGAGAGCUGCGAGUACCGACCCCCCACGCAGAGUAUCAACAGUACCUCAGGUCACCCCGUCGGCACCAUUGGAGAAUUCCUUUUUGUUUCAGGACUCGCAGGGCCUGGAAUCUGGAUGGGAGGCUCGCAGGCAGGAGGCACUUGAGCGUGAGCACCAGCAGACCAUGAGCCUGCUUCUGCUGCAGCAGUGCGUGUGGGAGGAGAAGAGGAGAGCCGCCCGGCAGAAGGAGAAGGCGGCACGGGCCAAGAAGCGCUACUACCAGGCCAAACUGCACAAACUGGGGGUUGAGGUUCAGCUUUCCAGCAGCGACAGCGAUGACGGGGGAGAACACCCCCAAACCGAGCACUGAUUUUCCUAAAGUGUCUUUUAUAGAGUCGUUUAUGUCUGUUUGUGUUUUUUAUUGAUGUAUUGAGGAGUUUUUUUUACAUCUUGAUACUAAAACAGAUUUUAUUUUUUAGUAAUUAUGUACUAUAGGUCCGUGUGUGUCAGAGUGUCAUUCAUGUCAGUAUUUGUGUCAGUUUUGUGAAUCGUGUGCUACUUGACCUGUUCCAGAUCUAAAGCCUCCUCAUUUCUAUAAGUAGCUCUUCCAUUUAAAGUAGCUCUGGGUGCAACAAAAUAUGGUGGAACGCAAAGGUUAUGAGAUUUCUCAGGUUUUCUUUUUGUUUCAGUGUUUUAAGAUGUUGUGUUUAGUGACGUGAGAACUUUAAGGGCUGAUGACUGACGACAGGCUGAAAUUGUGGUUGAUUAUAUAUCGUGGUAUUAUCUUUAAAAAAGAAAAAGAAAAAAGAAAGAUGUUGCACAAACUGCGAACUGUUAGAUGUAACAGUGACAAUUUUGCUUUUACAGUGUUCAUUGGCAAGGCAGGAAGUUGAGAGGAAUGUGUUUUAGUGUUUUAAUGUCGUAAUUCUGGGUGUAAUUCAGUAUAAUUAUUCAUUCUCAGGGUCUGUUUGUCUGGACAGUGGACUCCUGGCUACAGGACGUUGUCAACAAACUUCAUCAACCAAUACCAUUUUGAAAUAGUUUCAGGUAAAGACAAAAAUACAAGACUCAAACACUGCUAGCAAUAAUUUUUUUUUUUUUUUAAUGUCCAACAUAUCUCUUGUACGGUUUCUGUGGUAACCAACAAGCCUCGGCAGCUGUUUUCCCCACCAUGUAAACGGGAUAGCAGACAUCCCAUAAUAAACACAUUAUCAGGUGAUACAA